UGUAAAAUUCCGAGUCACCGCGCUUAUUGUUUUAUUAUUCAAUUGAGUAUUUGUGGAAGUAAAGGAAUAAUUUUAAAACGCUGAUAUAAAAGGAAAGUUAAAUUGACAAGCAUUUUUUGAGAAUUAUUACAAAGUAGCUACAYUUCAUUUAUACGCACCAUGUCUUCCGCGAACGCCGCACAUUUUGUUUUGCCCAAUACYCAACCGAUUGCUGAUUUGGAGUGCAAAAAUGCAUUCAUGGGCUUAACUGAGAAGGAAAAACUCUACGCUCACUACUUCAGUAAAGCUUCAUGGGACGGUGGUCUUAUAGCGCUGAUACAAUCUAGUCCGGAAGCACCGUUAAUUUUCUCAUUUCUUCAYCGCAUUUUUGUUGCCGAACCAUUGGAGGAAUUGAAAGCAAAGGUUUUGUCUAAUGGYAUUACUGAAGAUGAGUUCACCGCCUUCUUGGUUUAUGCUUGUGGUAUUUUUGCCAAUGCCGGUAACUACAAAGGUAUGGGCGACAGUAAAAUCAUUCCGAAUUUGGACGCGAAAAAAUUCGAAACAAUUGUUCGUUCAUCAAYUGCCUAUUCAAGUGAUAAACGUGUUUCAGCCGCCUAUGAGAAGGCCGCUCCUCUUAUCUACGCGUUGAAACCGCGCAAUGAGGUUCUGGGUUUUGCACCGAACGGCAUAACGACGUAUUGGUCAGAUAACUGUACGAAAGAAGAUGCUGACAUUGUCAAUGAGUGGUUAACAUCGAAGCGUAUUGAACCCUAUAUGUGUCGAACAUUUAAAGUGGUCGAAAAUGGACAAACGGUUUACGAUAUCAAGCUUGGUUCGGUAGAUAAUUCCGACAAGGAUGGCAUAACUCUGCCUCUGGAGAGCUAUAAUGGCAAUAGUUUUCGUGUAACACGUGGUGACUAUCAGAAGCUCUUACAGCGUGUCAAUAAAAAUCUGGARAAGGCGAAAAAGUAUGCGGCAAAUGAAAAUGAGCAAAAAAUGAUYGAGCAUUAUAUAAAAUCGUUCCAAGAGGGCUCAUUGGCAGAUCAUAAGGAUGGCUCCAGAUGGUGGAUUAAGGAUAAAGGACCUGUUAUCGAAACCUAUAUUGGUUUCAUUGAAACAUAUCGUGAUCCAGCAGGUGGGCGCGCCGAAUUUGAGGGCUUUGUGGCAAUGGUCAACAAGGAAAGCUCUGCGAAGUUUGCCGAACUGGUAUCACGCGCAGAAAAGCUGUUGGAAUAUCUGCCCUGGACUGAAGCUUACGAAAAAGACACGUAUUUGAAACCAGACUUCACUUCACUGGAUGUGUUGACGUUCGCUGGUAGUGGCGUACCAGCAGGAAUUAACAUUCCAAAUUAUGAUGAGAUCCGUCAAGAUGAAGGUUUUAAAAACGUAUCGCUGGGCAAUGUGUUGGCCAAUAUCAACCGUAAAGAUCCCAUACCAUUCCUUUCCGAUGAAGAUCAGGAGCUCAUGAAGGAAUACAAAGUGAAGUCUUUCGAGGUGCAAGUUGGCUUGCACGAGCUGCUUGGACAUGGUAGCGGUAAACUCUUCCGCAUAGAUGAGAACGGCAAAUUCAAUUUUGACAAAGACAACACGAAAAACCUCAUUACUGAUGAACCCAUCAAAACAUGGUAUUUACCUGGCGAAACUUACGAUACGAAAUUCGGUGCGAUCGGCUCUUCCUAUGAGGAAUGUCGCGCCGAAGCAGUCGGUUUAUACCUUUCACUACAAGCAGAUAUAUUAGAGAUUUUCGGUUUCAAGGAUCCUGUUGAGCAGGAGAAAAUCAUUUACAUCAACUGGUUGAGUUUAAUUUGGAAUGGUAUGGGUGUUGCUUUGGAAAUGUACAACCCACAAUCGAAACAAUGGAUGCAAGCACAUUCGCGCGCACGCUUCGUUAUUAUGAAGGUGCUGCUGGAGGCGGGUGAAGGCUUUGUCACCGUUGCGGAGACAGACGAUGGUAAAAAUUUACGUCUCACUGUGGACCGCACAAAAAUCCAGACUGUUGGCAGAAAGGCCAUCGAAGAAUUCCUAAAGAAACUCCAAGUUUACAAAUCGACCGCUGAUAUCGCAGCGGCAAGUGAAAUGUAUGAACACUACUCGGAGGUCAGUGAAGGCGGCUCGCAUCCAUGGGCGAAAUGGCGUGACAUUUGUCUGGCACAUAAGAAACCACGUAUAAUUUUGGUGCAAGCCAACACGGACGUGGAGAGUGAGAAGGUGAAAUUGAAAACGUAUGACGCCACGCACGAGGGCUAUAUCAAGUCCUGGGUGGAACGUUAUCCGGACACGGAAAUCGAUGAUAUUUUGGAGGAAAUUGUCGAAGCUGAGAAAAAAUACUUUCCAAGUGCCUUUGGAAAUUAACAACAAAUACACUGUUAAAUUAUAAUAAAUAUAUAUAAGCAUAUUGAAGCGAUAAUGAGGAAUGUGUAUGUUUUAUUUCUAGUUAAACAAACAUUUUCAUGAACA